AUGUGGUGGCUUGCUAUUUUAAUCGUCGUCGAAGCAUCUCCUAGUGAGGACGCAGUCAAUUAUUUAAACGAAGUCUAUAAGCUGAAAGUCACCGGCGGGAACGAAAGCUUGUUCAUUUGGGCAGAAUCUCUUUCAGAAGAGCACAUCGACGAUAUUUACAAUUCCAUAAUCGUCCUCAACAACACCCUUACCCUCGGGCUUGAGCUACAUUAUCUUCAAUUCUCCUUCCUCGACAAUUCCUCAGCUAUCCACCUAAUCCAGCACCAAAACCCUGACUACACAAAAAUUUUGGAACCAAAAUCAGAAGAAAUCACGUCAAAGUUUCUCAAAGAAAUAUCAGGACAUCCACAUGGAGUUACCCUACAAAGCUCAAAAACCCAAACAAUUGAGCACGGGGAUAAGACUUUUGCAAUAAAUGAAAAUAUUUUGACAGCAGAAAAAUCAACAUAUAAAUUUUACAUAAUUUCGAAUUCCACGUCAAAAGUAAGCACUUAUCAUUGGCAAGUUUAUGGAGUUACUACAAAAUCUAGUGAGACAAGCAAUACAAAACUUAUCAUCACUGUGGUUUUCACUUUUAUUAUAUAGAAGUUUCCUAUGUUUGGCGCUGUAAGGCCGAUAAAUUCUGAUCGGAAUUUAUCGGUAGGUUGCACCAAAUCAAUGCCUUGGUCGGACCAAAAAGCGGUUUGGUCCGACGAACUUGGAAAGCUCCUGGGAAAAUGUCUGCGCUUUUAGCGCUAUAUAGAGGAAACCUCUAUAACAAGCUCAUUGACUGUACUGGGAGUCUGCUAUUAUUGGAAGAAAAAUAAGUCUUUUCCAUUUUUACAAAUGAAGGAUGAGGUAAGCGCUCCACAAGCGAAGCUACAGUUAUAA